AUGAAUCCUCCAACCUGCAGAGACGAUGCACCCCCCCCAGAGCACUACAUGCCACAGUCCUCUUCAGCUGCUGCAGGAGGAGGAGGAGGAGGAGGAGGAGGUGGGGGGGGUUUGUAUCUGGACGCCUACGAGGUCUCCUUCCCCCUGGAGGAGAACAUGGAGCAGCCCGCGGCCUACGACCUGAACCAGGGUCAGCCCAUGAUGGACGAGCCGGUGGUGCACGAGCCUCCUCACUCCCACUACAGCCCGUUCAUCCUGGUCUCGAACCUGCGGGCCCACCUGUACGUCGCCCUGGAGAAGAACGCCUGGCUGCAGAAGCGCAGCGAGGAGCUGGAGGAGGAACGCAACUUCCUGCGCUGUCAGCUGAAUCGCUUCAUCGUCAACAUGAGUCCGGACGUGACAGAGUGGUGUGGCGACGCCCAGCGGAACAUAAAGGUCCUGCCCGCCACCUCCCCCUCUCCUCCCUCCCCCAUGACCACCAGGUCUGGAAUGACCCUCAAGGCCGUGGGGCCGCGGAGCCGCCGCAGCACCGCCCUCCCCGUCAAGCAGGAGUAUCACGUGGAGGAGGAGAAAUACUACACCGACGAUGAGUUUGUGGAGGAAGAAGAGGAGGAGGACGAUGAAGACGAGGAGGAGGUGUCAGAGAAGGGGUCGAAGAAGAAAGGCCGAGGGCGGAGCAACGGGGAGCCGAGGAUGAAGAUGAGGAGGAUCUUCAGGAUCACACAUGGCAGGGAGAGGCAGAGAGUUAAAGAUCCGGACGGCGUUCUGAUUCGCUACAAGAAGAUCCUGACCACCUACCAGCGGGUGAGGAGCAUGUCCAGAGCCUUCCAGAUCCACGGCGUGGACCGCAACACCAUGGCCUCCACAUCCCCGGUGGCAGAGCUGCUGCUGGUCGCCCCGGAGAAGGUGGCGGAGGUCGGAGAGUUCGAGGCCUCGAAGGAGAAGCUUCUGGAUUACGCCCGGCGCUGCUACAAGACCAUGGACGAGGCGACGCACGCGAAGGUCCAGAGUCUGAAGAAGAUUCACAAGCUGCUUCCCAUCUCCUACAGGUUCAGAAACUGA